AUGAACAUGAAUUCUAAUGUAUUAGUGCUUCUGUUGGGCCUGGUUGCCUUCGCAACAGUUGUAAGAGCAGAAGAUCCUCCUGAGUUUACCAAUGAAGCUGAUGAAUUGGCCACAAUUCACUUGCAUUCCUUCGAACAUUUUGACUAUUUGGAUAUUCUAUAUAAAUUAAUGGGACAUAACUCAGACACUUGGAUAUGUUUGUUCUAUAUUGACGAGGAUCACCACAAGACUGAGAGAGACAGAGUUAAGAAACUAAUUUUCAAGGAUAACCCUGAACUAAAAUAUUGUGAAGCUAAUAUUUCUGAACCUCAAUAUGCUCCGUUAAGGAACGUAAUCAGGUUCCCACAACAUGCCUCAGCUGAUGAAUUCCCCAUGAUCCUAAUUCUCAAGAACAAGGAGGGUAAAAUGGUAUACGGAACUGCAGUCGCCAAGAAAGCAGCAGAUAUUAUUAAGAAAAUGAAGGAAGCUGAAGAAGCAGAGGCAAACAAUACUAGAUAAGCUUCUACUAAAUAUUUUG